AGAGAGAGGGAGAGGGAGGGAGAGGGAGAGAAAGAGAGGCCCGAAACGACAUGUCACUUCUCUGCGUUGGAGUGAAGAAAGCCAAGCUAGAUGGAGCACAAGAGAAGUUCAACACCUACGUGACACUGAAGGUCCAAAAUGUCAAAAGUACGACGAUCGCGGUGCGGGGAAACACGCCGGCCUGGGAGCAAGACUUCAUGUUUGAGAUCAAUCGUCUGGAUCUGGGCUUGACUGUUGAGGUCUGGAAUAAAGGCUUGAUAUGGGACACCAUGGUGGGGACCCUCUGGAUACCACUGAGGAGCAUACGCCAAUCCAACCAGGAGGGCCCGGGAGAAUGGCUGACGCUGGAUUCCCAGGUGGUCAUGGCCGACAACGAGAUCUGCGGAACCAAAGACCCCACGCUGCACCAAGUACUGCUGGACACACGCUUCGAACUGCCACUAGACAUUCCAGAGGAGGAGGCUCGCUACUGGGCCAAGAAACUGGAACAGAUCAACGCCAUGCGAGACCACGAGGUGACACACCAGGACGAUCCCGACAGACCACUGCCAAUACCAGGGACGCAAUGCUGCAACUGGAGCCUUUGGGGAGACCAACACAAUGAGGAUCCUGACAGCGCGGUGGACGACCGUGACAGCGACUAUCGCAGUGAGACCAGUAACAGCAUCCCACCACCUUUCUACACCACCCAGCAGCCCAACGCCUCGGUACAUCAAUACCCGAUGAACUCUCGAAGAUCGACGCGGGAGAGUUCGUACUCGCGAUCCUACGACUACGACCAGCAACGAGGCGUCAGCCCCACGGGUAGCUAUGCCUCCUCUGCGGAACUCAGCCGCUGCAGCUCUCAGCUGAGCGAAGAGGACGAAAGAGGAGAAGACGGAGAGAGAGAAGGAGAGAGGGACUACUACUGCGAGGAGAACGACUCCUACCACUCCUGCCACUCGUCUGUCAGCUACGGGGAGCGGAAAGGAUCACCCGACUGGGAUCCCUCAGACGAUGGUGCGUUGGACGGGGGUGAGGAGAGGGCUCUGUAUGAGGAUGAGGAGGGGGACAUCUACGGACCAGACGACCUUUACGAGGAAGACCAGGAGGACUACGACCCCCUAGACAUGGAAGACAUGGAUUACCCAGACGGUGCCCUGAGUGGGGAAGACAUCCCCUACACGCCCACACCCACCUCCACCACCAUGCACUCCCUCGACCUACCACAAGGGGGCACCACUGUUUGCCAUUACCUCUCUCCACCUCUGCUCAACCAGACCCAAGGCCAGUCCAAACUGCCACCAUCAUCCCAACAGCAGCAGCAGCAGCCUGGCAGGCCCACCCCACAAGCAGCCCAGCCUCCACCUCAAUCCACAGGUCCCAUUCCGUCGGUGCAGUCCUUCUUUGCCAUGGCUAAGCCGCUCGCGGGCGUCUUCGGCUCCAUGAUGGGAGCCGCAGCCGGCCCUGUCCCGGGCCAGACUCCCAAGCCUCCAGCUGCAUCCGGCCCACUACCGCCCCAACAAGGACCUGGCCAACAGCAACAGCCACCAGGGGCUCCCCAGCCGCCAGGUGCCCAGCCUCAGCAGCUUCCUCCUGGGGUGGGUGUGGCCGGGACGGGGCCUCAGCAGCUUCCUCCUGGGGUGGGUGUGGCCGGGACGGGGCCUAACGCCCCUGGAGCUCCGGGAGGUCCACCAGCAUCAGCAUCAGUGGCGCCACCUGGUGGACAGGCACAGCCAAUGGACGCUACAGGUCAGCUUGACUCUGCGUUGGCCACCACCUCUCCUCUCACAGAUGAAAACCAGCAGUUUCGAGAAGAGGACCCCUCACUUCAAGUAUGGCGUGAGCCGGUGGUGGAGGAACCCAAAGAACCGGUGGACCCGGCCGUGCGAGCUAAGGAGAACUGGCUGCGCAUCUUCAACAAAGUCCGACAACAACUACAGGAGGAGCGGGGCGAGUCCAAUUCUCUGUGGUUCGGUAAAGGCGGCGUGGGAGCCCUGCUUAGUAUUGACAGUAUGCCAGACCUACGGAAGAGGACGGGACAGAGUCUGGUACAAGCCAUGUCUCUGGUUCAGAACUCUCGGAAGGCUGGAAUCACCUCCGCCAUGGCCUGCAGCACUCUGGGGAACGAGGAGCUGAAAUCCCACGUCUACAAGAAGACGCUUCAGGCUCUGAUAUACCCCAUCUCCUGUACGACGCCGCAUAACUUCGAGGUCUGGACUGCCACCACCCCGACCUACUGUUACGAAUGUGAAGGCCUGCUCUGGGGCAUUGCCCGCCAAGGCAUGAGGUGCUCCGAGUGCGGCGUCAAGUGCCACGACAAGUGCCAAGACCUGCUCAACGCCGACUGUCUGCAGCGUGCGGCGGAGAAGAGCUCGAAGCACGGAGCUGAAGACCGGACACAGAACAUCAUCAUGGUCCUGAAGGACCGAAUGAAGAUCAGAGAACGCAACAAACCUGAGAUAUUCGAGCUGAUCCAGGAGGUGUUUGGCAUUGAGAAAGGCAACCAUGGCACGCAGAUGAAGCAGAUCAAACAGAGCGUCCUGGACGGCACGUCAAAAUGGUCGGCUAAGAUUAGCAUCACAGUGGCGUGUGCUCAGGGUCUGCAGGCCAAAGACAAGACGGGAUCCAGCGACCCCUACGUCACAGUACAGGUUGGCAAGACGAAGAAGAGGACGAAAACCAUCUAUGGCAACUUGAACCCGGUGUGGGAUGAGAGUUUCCACUUCGAGUGCCACAACUCUACGGAGCGUAUCAAGGUGCGGGUCUGGGACGAGGACGAUGACAUUAAAUCCAAAGUCAAGCAGAAGUUCAAACGGGAGUCAGACGACUUCUUGGGACAGACCAUCAUAGAAGUCCGAACGCUGUCUGGAGAGAUGGACGUCUGGUACAAUCUAGAUAAGAGAACGGACAAGUCAGCAGUGUCUGGCGCCAUCCGAAUGCACAUCAGCGUGGAGAUCAAAGGAGAAGAGACAGUAGCGCCGUACCACGUCCAGUACACCUGCCUACACGAGCAUAUAUUCCAGUACAUGACGGAGGAUAAGAACUCAGGAGCGGUCACCAUCCCCGAUGCCAAGGGAGACGACGCCUGGAAGGUUUACUAUGACGAGACAUCGCAAGAAAUUGUGGAUGAGUUUGCAAUGCGCUACGGAGUCGAGUCCAUCUACCAAGCCAUGACCCAUUUCGCCUGCUUGUCGUCCAAGUACAUGUGUCCUGGUGUGCCAGCGGUGAUGAGUACCCUAUUGGCUAAUAUAAACGCCUAUUACGCCCACACCACACAGUCAACCAAUAACGUGUCGGCGUCUGAUCGGUUCGCCGCGUCCAACUUUGGGAAAGAGCGCUUUGUCAAGCUCCUCGACCAGCUCCACAACUCGCUCCGCAUAGACCUCUCCAUGUACAGGAAUAACUUCCCUGCCAGUAGUCCAGAGCGUCUUCAAGAUCUCAAGUCCACAGUCGACCUGCUGACCAGUAUCACCUUCUUCAGGAUGAAGGUCCAGGAGCUGCAGUCUCCUCCGCGUGCUAGCCAGGUGGUUAAGGACUGUGUGAAGGCUUGUCUGAACUCCACAUAUGAGUACAUCUUCAAUAACUGCCACGAACUCUACGGACGCGAAUACCAGACCGACCCGUCCAAGGCCGUCCCUCCUGAAGAGCAGGGGCCGAGCGUUAAGAAUCUGGACUUCUGGUCCAAGCUCAUCACUCUCAUCGUCUCCAUCAUCGAAGAGGACAAGAACUCCUACACGCCCUGCCUCAACCAGUUUCCUCAAGAGCUGAACGUGGGGAAGAUCAGCGCUGAGGUGAUGUGGAACUCCUUCGCUCAGGACAUGCGAUACGCCAUGGAAGAGCACGAGAAGAAUCGUCUCUGCAAGAGUGCGGACUACAUGAAUCUCCACUUCAAGGUCAAGUGGCUCUACAACGAGUACUGCAAAGAGCUCACCACAUUCCAGAAGCGCGUCCCAGACUACCCAGCGUGGUUUGAGCCAUUUGUCAUCAUGUGGUUGGACGAGAACGAGGAAGUGUCUCGAGACUUCCUGCACGGGGCCUUGGCCAGAGACCAGAAGGACGGGUUUCAGCAGACGUCUGAGCAUAACCUCUUCUCCUGUUCUGUGGUGGACGUCUUCUCCCAGCUCAACCAGAGCUUCGAGAUCAUCCGCAAACUCGAGUGUCCCGACCCACAAAUCGUCGGGAAUUACAUGAAGCGAUUCUCAACGACCAUCGGUAACGUCCUCUUGGCCUAUGCUGACAUCAUCGUUAAGGACUUCCCCAACCACUGCCAGAAGGAAAAAGUGCCGUGUAUCAUCAUCAACAACAUCCAGCAGCUUCGUGUUCAACUGGAGAAGAUGUUCGAAGCCAUGGGAGGGAAAGACUUGUGUGUGGAGGCCAGUGAUUUCCUGAAGGAACUGCAGGUGAAGCUGAAUAACGUCAUGGACGACCUGAGUCGGGUCUUCGCCGUCAGCUUCGCGCCCCACAUUGACACUAAAGUUCGGGAGAUGGGCGACAUCCUGAGCCAGGUCAAAGGGACCAACGUGCCGGCCAAUGGGCAAGGGCAGAUCGCCGCCGACGCAGACAACGUCCUGCAGCCAAUCAUGGACUUCCUGGACAGCAAUCUCUCUCUCUUUGCUAAGAUCUGUGAAAAGACGGUCCUCAAACGCGUCCUGAAAGAACUUUGGAAACUCGUCAUGAACACGAUGGAGAAAACGGUGGUGUUGCCCCAACUCACGGACCAAACGGGCACUCAGAUGAUCUUCAACGCAGCCAAAGAAUUGGGUCAGCUCUCCAAACUCAAGGAGAAUAUGGGGAGACAGGAGGCGAAGGCUCUGACGCCAAAACAGUGUGCGGUGAUCGAGAUGGCUCUGGACACCAUCAAGCAAUACUUCCAUGCUGGCGGCGUGGGCCUCAAGAAGACGUUCUUGGAGAAGAGUCCGGAUCUGCAGUCUCUGCGAUACGCUCUGUCCCUCUACACACAAGCCACCGACAAACUCAUACGCAAGUUCAUACAGUCCCAACACGCACAAGUCCACGGGGGCAAAGGCAUCAGAUACACAGCCAACGAGGACACCCCACCUGAGAAAGGUACUCCGGUGGAGCAGGUUGCCGAGGUCGUCAUGAACGUGGAGCUGGUGACCGACCCUGGAAAUGGAGCCAACAAGAUCAACAUCAAAGUUGUGGCGGCCAAUGACAUCCGCUGGAGGACUACAUCGGUCUUCCGCCCCUUCGUGGAGGUGUUUGUGAUUGGUCCCCACCUGGCGGACAAGAAGAGGAAGUUCGCCACCAAGUCCAAGAACAAUAGCUGGACCGCCAAGUUUGGAGAAUGCUUUCAAUUCACUCUGGGUACAGAGGUGGGCCAUGAGGGCUAUGAGAUGCAGGUUGCCAUUAAGGACUACUGUUUCGCCCGUGAGGACCACACCAUCGGCCUGUGUGUGCUGCAGCUACGCGACCUGGUGGCAGCACAGUCCAAAGGGAACACUACUGGGGCCACUACCGUUUGGCUUCCUCUGGGGCGUCGGGUCCAGAUGGACGAGACGGGCCUGACGGUCUUGAGGAUUCUGUCCCAGCGUUCCGGAGACGAGGUCGCCAAAGAGUUCGUCAAGCUGAAAUCCGACCAGAGGUCGCCGGAAGAGGAGGUCAACCGGAAAUAGAAAGGGACAGGAAGUGACACGGAGAAAGCAGGAGGUCAAGCGGAAAUAGACAGGAACUAACGGACACAAAGAUCAUUAAAAAACAACAAUACUGCCUUACAAAGGCAAAGCUCAGUAACUACGCAGACAUUGAAACUGACAAACAUGGCGUCAAAGGUAUUAGGUCGAAU